CCGGGGAGCGCGGCUGCGCUGGGCCUGGCGGGCGGCGGAGCGGGCGUGCGGCGCCGCGGGACAGCGCGUGCGGCCCGGCGAGUCGGUCGGUCCCCGGGGCACCCGCUACGGGGCGCAGGCCUCCCCGCAGACUACUUUAAGAAAAAUGGCUUUGUCAGCCCAACAGAUACCCAGAUGGUUUAACUCAGUUAAGUUGAGGAGCCUCAUUAAUACCGUGCAACUCACAAAACGUUUUACUAGACCAGGGAGAACAUUGUUACAUGGCUUUUCUGCUCAGCCUCAGAUGUCCUCUGACAAUUGCUUUCUCCAGUGGGGAUUUAAGACUUACAAGACUUCCUCCUUAUGGAAUAGUUCCCAGACUACUAGCUCGGGUAGUCAAGAGAAUAAUUCUGCCCAAAGCACUCUGCUUCCUUUGACGAAUGAACAAUCAGAGAAGACAGGAAAGAUACCCAGCUUUGAUUCUGAGGUGUUUCUAGAAGAACUGGAUGAUUUGCCUCCAUUGUCUCCAAUGCAGCCAAUUUCGGAGGAAGAGGCUAUUCAGAUUAUUGCAGCCCCUCCACUGCCCCCAUCUUCAUUCACACUACGAGACUAUGUGGAUCAUUCCGAGACUUUGCAGAAGCUAGUUCUUCUAGGAGUAGAUUUGUCCAAGAUAGAAAAACAUCCAGAUGCAGCAAACCUCCUUCUGAGAUUGGAUUUUGAAAAAGACAUUAAGCAAAUACUCCUGUUUCUUAAAGAUGUGGGUAUAGAGGAUAACCAACUGGGAGCAUUCCUGACAAAAAAUUAUGCAAUUUUCUCUCAAGACCUUGAAAAUAUGAAGACCAGGGUGGCUUAUCUGCAUUCAAAAAAUUUCAGUAAAGCAGAUGUUGCCCAGAUGGUCAGAAAAGCACCAUUUUUGCUGAACUUUUCAGUGGAAAGACUGGAUAACAGAUUGGGAUUUUUUCAGAAAGAACUUCAACUUAGUGUGAAGAAGACCAGAGAGCUGGUAGUUCGUCUCCCAAGGCUGCUCACUGGAAGUCUGGAACCUGUGAAAGAAAAUAUGAAGGUUUAUCAUCUUGAACUUGGUUUUAAACAUAACGAAAUUCAACAUAUGAUCACCAAAAUCCCAAAAAUGUUAACUGCAAAUAAAAGGAAACUUACCGAGACGUUUGAUUAUGUGCACAAUGUGAUGAGCAUUCCCCACCACAUCAUUGUCAAGUUCCCACAGGUAUUUAAUACAAGAUUGUUUAAAGUCAAAGAAAGACACUUGUUUCUUACCUACUUAGGAAGAGCACAGUAUGAUCCAGCAAAACCUAACUACAUCUCUUUGGACAAAUUAGUAUCUAUUCCUGAUGAAAUAUUUUGUGAAGAGAUUGCCAAAGCAUCAGUACAAGACUUUGAAAAAUUCUUAAAAACACUUUAGAUUUUUAUGUAAGUUAAAAUGCAAUAUUGUAAAGUGAAUAUAUAUAUGAAUAAAUGAAAAUAUUUUUAAAUGCC